AAUUGAAUGGUUUCCAAUAGAAAGCACAAUUGGUUUUGUUUCUUAUGUCUACAAAAUAUUUACAAAUAGAAAAUGAAAUAGGAUAAAGAAUGGAUAGAGAAGACAGGAGAAGGUACCUAAUUGUUGGCUCUGUGAUACUAGAAAUUGUUUCUCCACUACUGAGAAAGAAUCUAGAAGACAUCUACACGAGUAAAGGAUUUGGAUGUUUGCAAGAUUUUAUAAACAGUCUUCCUGUCAAGCACAUCCUAUUUCAUUUGCGUCACAAAAAUAGCAAAUGUUGUGUAGACACUGCGAAUUGUGUAAACCAGCAAUCCCUUCCACUUAAUUACAGCCAGUGGAAUCGUAUGUACACUGCAGGAUCAACCAAACACAACUGUCAUUGUAAAUAUACAGCAAAUCUUAUUGCCUUGAAAGAUCUUGACCUCACUCUAUUAAGUUUGAUUUUACUGAACUGCUGCAGCUUGUCAUCAGAUGAAGGAACGUUGAUUUCUGACCUUCGAGAAUUCAAAAACAAUUAUCUCAGCCACAACACAGACGGUGCCAUAUCUGAGACAGAAUACAGCACUCUCUGGACAGACUUGACAUCAUAUGUUUUACAACUGGACCAAAGUAAACAGCAUGACCUUGUUAUUAUACAAAACAGACCACUGGAUGAGUCUCUGUGUCAAUACUAUGUAACAUGUCUUCUAGAUGUUCAUGUUAUACUUGAAAAGAUUGACACAAAAAUAGAUGCAACAUCUGCAGAAAUAAGAACAACUAUUGACAAUGGUAAUACUGAAGUAAUGGGAACUAUUGGCACAAAAACUUCUGAACUACUUGCUACAAUGGGUAUCAACAAUGUUGUGCUUUUGGCUAAAAUAGAGGAGGUGUUACAGAAUAUGAUCUGUCAGAGAUGUCGAAGAAGCAUUGACAAACAAGACAAAAAGGGAAGAGCUUUACAGCCAUACAAUUUAGGACAGCCUAUCUUCACACUGAAUCAUCAGAUAGACCUGACAUCAGUAGUUAAUGACAGGAGAAGAGUAACAGAUAUAGUGCUGAUAGAUGAUGGUAGACUGGUGAUGUGUUUACCUUUACAGAGGAGACUACUGAUCUGUCAUACAGAUGGAUCACAGCUAGACAGUUUACCUGUACAGGGUAAUCCAUUGUGUGUUACAGCAGUCAACAACUCUACAGUAGCUGUUACACUGAUAGGUAGUGAGUGCAUAGAGAUGUAUGACAUAAACAAUAAACUCAAACUUAAAUCAAUAUCACUACCUGGAAUGUGGUUUUUAGGUGGUAUUACAACUAUAAACAACAAGUUAGUUGUAAGUGGUCACAACAGACUACUGAUCAUAGAUCAUCAGACAGGAGAGGUGGUACAGAUAAUAAAGAUUGACUGUUAUCCUGACAGGUUACAUGGUUCUGGUGACAGAUUAUUCUACAGCAAUAACAACUACAACAACAACAACCUGUACUGGUACAGUUAUACUGAUGACACACAUCACACCCUAACAUUACCAUCACAUCCCAGGAAUAUGACUACACUACAAGAUGGUAGUCUGUAUGUGGUGUGUGAUGGAUCAUUACAACAUGUGUCAUUUGAUGGUAAACAGUAUAAAGCUGUAAAGACAGAAGGACUGAAAGAACUGAAGUAUUGGUUGAUAUCAUAUAAUUCAAACCAAAGAAAACUUGUAACACAAGGUGACCAAAAGACAAUAAUCAAAGUCUUUCAUGAAAUAAUAAAACAGUGAAAUAAUCUUCUUUAUAUGCAUAUGUAUAUGUUUAAUUAUACUGGUAAUAUAAUACUUUAGAAGAAAAAAAAAAGAAUAUUUAUAUUCAAUUCAUUAUUCUGUUAUAACAUUUAAUCCACUGCUGAGAUCCUUUUAAUCAAUAUCUAAUUUCUGUAUAAUUUUAUUGUCAUGGUUUGCAAUUUAAAUGAACCAAAAUCAAUUUUUAUUUUACAUGAUUUACAUAAUAAAGUUUCUUGAAAUAAGUUCAGUUUAAAGGGCAUAUCUAAUCCAAGAUUUGGUAUGAUUACCAAUGAGAGAAUUCAUUAACAGCUACCUUGACCAAACACUUUAAUCUGAAGUGGGACAGACAGAUGAA